GCCUCAUCCGCCGAACGCCAUAACCGUGUCGACCGCUUUUUUGACCGUCGGCGUCGUAUGAGCUUUGUUUCAAGGAUUUGUAGACCUUUUUAUUUGCUGCUACUUCUCCAUCCCAUCGUUCUAUCGUCUUGAGUUUCCUUCGUGGUCUCCCGGUCGUCUUCUUAUUCAACUGCGUUUUCAGACGGUGCAUCCUUCUCCUGUUCUUCUAUCCUGUCUGUGCCAUCUUUUUAUAGCCCAGCAUCAUUCCCAAGGAGCCUUAUUCGUCCUUCCUCGGCAUGGUCUUUGCCCAUGCGUCGCCGGCUCCCCCAAAACUUAGAUCACACCACUGUGCGAUCUUCGUCCUCAAUCUGGGUUUCCUCCAAUCUAAUGCCUUCUUUUCAGUUUGCCUCGACUCACUCACUGUAUCUUUUUUUAUGUCCAACUCUUUUCUCAUUUUUCCCACCCUUAUUUCCUUGUUUCCCUCCUUUCUCACUUUCGAAAUCUGAUUCGGAUGAUUGUGAGACGACAGGGAAUUAUAGGCAUUGGGAUAAGCUAUGGUAUGGGUGCAGUACACAUGCUAGGAUUACUGGAUCGUUUCUUUCUCAUACUCUGAUAGAAAAGCUUGUUGAUCUUAGUUUUGCUGCACAUCCUAUUGAAUCUUACCGGAAUGAAAUUGCGAGCUUUGGAUCUCAUGAGGCUUUGGGAAACUACAAAUAGCGAAGCGUCUGUCUUGUUCGUCUCUUGAAUUGUUGAACAACCUCCCUGAACAAAGCUUUUGUCUUGC